AUGUCUGUCCACGAACAUUCCACGCAAGGUCGCACGUUGCUUCCCGGCGUGACCGUUCUGGUUCUGUGCCACAAAGGCUGUCGGUAUCGCAGUAAAGAGCAUGCGCCGACGAUACGACACCACGUUCAUGCAAUCGGAGAAAGCGAACACGAUUUGCGUCAGGCGACUAAAAGCGGUAACGAGGUGUCGACGCAAGUCGUAUUUGCCUUCUCCGAUACCGGUAACGAGGUGUCGUAUCGUCGGCGGGUGCUCUUUGUCGAUCAGACUGCGGUACCCACGGCCAUCGUGCACGGAACUAGAACGGUCACGAAAGCGAUGUCCGUGCGUGGAAUGUUCGUGGGUAGAAAGGCGCUGCGAUCAUUUGCAUCGAAAUGA